AGAGAUAAGUCGGUCACUUGUUGCUUUCUCUCUUGCACGCGGUAUGUGUGUGUGGAGUCGACAACGUGUGGCGCGGCAGUGUGCCGCGAGUUGAGUGGAAGGUUACACGUUUUAUCGUAUUUUGAAGUUAUUUGCGCACAGAAGAAACUUGUGGUACUCGAAAAGGUUGCUGAGCCAAAAACAGCACAAUGAUUGAUAGCCAAGAGACGAUGAUCCAAUUUGUGAAGAUAAUUGAGAGAUACCCUGAAAUCUAUGACAGCACAAUGGAUUCGUACAGGAUCAAAUAUGCUGCGUACAAAGCAUGGGAGAAAGUUGCAGCCAGUGUCCGAAAGGAAAUGAAGGAGGAGUGUACAGUAAACGAAUUGAAAAUGAAAUGGAAAGGCAUUCGUUCAUCGUUCAACAGAUUCAAAAGCAAGCCAAAUCCCUGCAGGAGAUACUAUCUCUGUGAUGCUUUAAAGUUCUUAGAACCUUUUAUUAAGAAAUGUUCGACACAGGGUGGACACCAAUCACCAGAUACGUAUGAUGAAAAUAGUUUAGAAGAUGUACAAGAAAAGGAAUCAUGGAUUGAGUUUCACGAAUUAUGUGAAGAUCAGGAUAUUAAACCUAACAUAGAAUUGUUACACAAGCCGGUAGAAGCGAGUACUUCCUCAGAUAGACGCCGGAUGGAUGAUGCAUCAGGGUCUGAAGAUGAAACAUACACUCCAACUAAAACUAAACGUAAAAAAAGCAAUGACAAUCCACUUAGCGUAUCUACAGAUACACUUAGAUCUGAUGAUAAUGACGAUAAUAUGCAAUUUUUCAAAAGUGUUUUGCCAGAUAUAAAAGACUUCACUGCAAAAGAGAAAAGGAAAUUCAAAGUAGGCAUUUUAAAACUAAUAGAUGAAAUAGAAGCAGAACGUAAAAUUAUUAAAAAAAAAGAAUCGUCAAGUUCUUGAAAAUGAGUAUAAUUUUAUGGUAAAAAACUAUGAAGAAUUAUGUGGAACAGUUUUAUUGCUAAUUCUUGU